AUGACAGGGUCAUCGAGAGGAGGACACUUAUUCUUGGACGAAGGCAGUGUCCAAGGACGAAGAUACGGUAAGUUAAAAAAAAACGACAAGGACGAGUUUGAUGGUUAUAACUCUGAUAAUCAUCCAAGGAAAAACAGCCCCGUCACAAUCGAUGCACCACAUUUGGAUCCUCAAAUGGCAGCAGAUAAUUCUCCAUACGAUCCAUCCCUCUCUCCUUUAUCUAAAUCUCCAUGGUCCUCUCAUAUGAACGAGGAAAGUUCCAUGUCCAACGAUAACGAUGCUCUUGUGGGUUCACUAGUCCGCGAAGAAGGCCAUAUAUACUCUCUUGCUGCAACCAAGGAUUUGUUGUACACAGGUUCCGAUAGCAAGAACAUUCGCGUUUGGAAGAAUCAGAAGGAGUUCGCAGGGUUCAAGUCCAAUAGCGGUUUGGUUAAAGCCAUUGUUAUUGCAGGGGAGAAAAUCCUCACUGGCCAUCAAGAUGGAAGGAUCCGUGUUUGGAAAGUCUCCUCCAGGAACGAACAAAUACACAAGCGCGUGGCAACAUUGCCAACUUUGAGAAACUACAUCAAAUGUUCAAUGAAACCUAGCAACUACGUCGAAGUUAGACGACACCGUAACAUGCUGUGGAUCAAACACUACGACGCAAUCUCAUGCCUCAGUUUAACGGAAGACCAUUCUCUUAUCUACUCUGCUUCGUGGGACAAAACAUUCAAGGUUUGGCGAGCCUCGAACUUCAAGUGUUUGGAAUCCGUGACAGCUCACGACGACGCCGUUAACGCUCUGGUGGUGGGGCUUGACGGGUUGGUGUUCACCGGCUCGGCGGACGGAACGGUGAAGAUUUGGCGGCGGGAGGUGCAGGGGAAAGGGACAAAACAUUUCUUCUCGCAAACGUUGUUGAAACAAGAGUGUGCGGUGACGGCGUUAGCGAUAAACGAGGAAGGAACCGUUUUAUACGGUGGGUCAUCUGAUGGGUUGGUGAAUUACUGGGUGAGGGAAACGAGUCUCGAACACGGUGGCACUUUGAGGGGUCAUAAGUUGGCGGUCCUGUGUUUGGCCACUGCAGGGAGUUUGUUGUUCAGUGGUUCUGCUGACAUGGCAAUAUGUGUGUGGAAGAGGUCUUUGAGUAACGAGCAUAGUUGCAUUUCCAUUUUGACGGGACACACUGGACCUGUUAAAUGUCUCGCUGCUGAGAAGGAUCCUGAUGCAAUGUGCAAUGAGCGUCGUUGGAUUUUGUACAGUGGCAGUUUGGAUAAGUCCGUUAAGGUGUGGAGGGUGUCGGAGACUCCACCGCCCGGUACUAUGCAAAACAACCACCAGCCUCCGCGUCUUAGUACUGAAUUCCCUAGAGUCUCGUCCUUGCGAAAAAUGGGGUCAAGAAGAUACUAA